GGAAUCGGCAGUUGACAAGAUUGUUGAUUCCCGCACCGCCUGUUCCCGCCCAUCUCCUCAUGGAAACGACGACCCCACCGACGCCUCCCGACUUCCAGGCGUUGCAAAGCAGUGGAUCGCACGGAAGACCAGCAUCGCAAAAACAGCAAUAUAGCGGCUGUCCUUUCCCUCCAUCAGUACCCCACGGACACAUAGUUCCAGCGCCUCCACCCGUUACUCAGGCCUGACUCAUGUGGGGUUGCGAACCCAGUUUCUCGAAUUGCCGCGCCCGCUGAGUUGUCCCCACCGCGCCCGCGGACGAAUCGCGAUCCACAGCCCGGGGAGGUCGGCAGAGCGACGUCCCUUCGAGAUGCCGAUUUGUAUGAGAAAGCAUGAGGACUGGGCGUGACGCUGGGAUCCGAGCCAGGCCGCUCGCUCAGGGUGGCCCGUUUUGCGUGCUCUCUUGUGCUCAGCUGAUGAUGGAAUUGCGGCGAUGACGACGAUAGUCUGGUACUCUACCCGUGUGGAUCGUGCGAUGGGCGUUGAGAAGUCCUCGGCGCCUGGUUUUUGGUCUCUUGUUCUUCGGGGAUCAAGGGGUAUGACCCCACAACUUGAAGUAUAAGGAGGGGAGUGUACCCCGGGGGGUUCAUUUGGGCUGUGAACAUAUUGGAUAUAUUGACCAGACUGCUCGCUUUGGUUUCAACCGUUCAAUUGAAGUAUAUCGAUCCAUCAUGCCUUCCACAAGUGACCUCGCCGAUCCCAAGGAGUAUCAGAAGAUCCUCCACUGGGCAGAGACACAACAGGACGGGGCAAUUCCUUCCUUUGCUACGAGACGGAAUGAUCCUUAUGAGUACCAAUCCGGGUUUGGAAACUCUUUCGAGUCAGAAGCAGUCCCUGGAACCAUUCCCCAAGGCCAGAACAGUCCUCGUAACGUCCGUUUCGGUCUCUAUGCCGAACAGAUCACUGCCACGGCAUUUGUGGCCCCGAGACAUGCGAACAAGAAGGCGUGGCUAUACCGGGCCCGUCCCGCAGUCGCGCACCAGGGCUUUACCGAGCUCCCAGAUAACAAGGACACCGAGUCCAACUUCCUCCCCUUGAACCCUCGCAUUCACGUCUCCCCCACCCAGCUCGCAUGGCACCCCUUCGAGAUCCCCGAAAAUGAGGAAGUCGAUUUUGUCUCCGGUCUGAAGACUGUAGCUGGCUCGGGUGAUCCAACACUGCGCGAGGGUCUGGCAACUCACGUUUACGUCGCUAAUACCAGCAUGAAGAAGAAGGCCUUUGUCAACUCGGACGGAGAGUUCCUCAUUGUUCCACAGCAGGGCGCACUCGAUAUUCAGACCGAGUUUGGACCCCUGUUCGUGCAGCCCGGCGAGAUCGUCGUUAUCCAGCGUGGCUUGCGCUUCCGCGUGGAAGUACCUGACGGGCCCUCGCGUGGUUAUAUCCUUGAAGUUUGGGGUACUUGCUUCGAACUGCCAGAGCUUGGACCUUUGGGUGCCAAUGGUUUGGCGAAUGCGCGAGACUUCCUGAGCCCCGUUGCUCAAUAUGAGAUUUCCCAGGAGCCCUGGGAGAUUGUGUAUAAGCUUGGUGGCAAGUUUUUCAAGAGCACGCAGAACCAUAGUCCAUUCGAUGUUGUCGCCUGGCAUGGAAACUACGUCCCUUAUAAAUAUGAUCUCACCAAAUUCGUCAAUGUGGGCUCCAUCUCCGUUGACCACAUUGACCCGUCUAUUUUCUGUGUUCUCACAGCCAAGUCGCGCGACUUGACUUCGCCGUUGGCGGACUUGCUGACCUUCUCCCCGCGAUGGGACGUUGCAUCCCACACCUACCGUCCUCCAUACUACCAUCGCAAUGUCGCUUCCGAACUAAUGGGUCUUAUCUACGGCGAGUACGGCGGUCGCUCUGACGCUUUCAAGCCGGGUAGCGUUUCCUUUGAAUGCGGAAUGGUUCCCCAUGGUGUGGCUUACGAAGAAUUCAAAGCGGCAAGCGAGCAGGCGCCGCCCGUGAUGCAAAUCUCCGAGGCCUCGAUCGCGAUCAUGUUCGAGUCCAGCCGGCCGUUCACAAUUACUGAAUAUGCGUGGAACAGUGAUAAGAAGCAUGAGCAUGAACCCAAGAUGUGGGAUAACCUGGUGGAUAACUUCUCCAAGCAUGCAAAGGAGGUGGAGGAUAUACUGGCGAAGAAGGCCAAGAACUUGUCUGUAUGAUAAAAAGAUUGAGUGGCAGGAGAGGUAUGAUAGCCUUGAUGCGUCUGAUAAUCAGCAAUUAGCCUAUUUUCAUUUGCACAAAGUUUGUUUUGUUUCACAGUUCGAGGCUGAGUUCUCCAUGGUGCUAUGCUUGACCGACAAUUGACUAGAACUGGCUUUAUCGAGCUUGCAACUGCAACGACACGGCUAGGGAUAAAUCGGUCUGGAACAAAAGAAGGAAGGUAAUCAAAGAAAAGCGAAGAUCAUGCGAGCCGUCUUUACUUAUUUGUCUGCGAUUUUAAAAACC